AGAUCUCUCCACCAUUCACUUCUCUCUCCGCCGUCUCUUUCUCUCUCUUCACGGCGGCGAUGGAGGGCUUAGCCCUUCGCUCUCUCUCCACAACCACUGCAUCCUUCCCCCGCCUUUCUCUCCUCCGCCGUCGAUCUACGCCGCAUUUCGUCUCUCUCUCCCCUCUCUCCACCGUCCGAUCUCUCUCCCUCAAACCCGCUUCCAUCUCCUCCUUCUCUCCCCUCCAACCCACUCCCCGUUUCUCCCCACGGGCCGCCGCGUCUCCCCAGAACGCUGCGGCUCCUCCGCCUUCGAAGCCCCCUUCUCCGCCGCCGCCUCAGGGGGCCAAGAUCCUUCCCCUGAUCCUCUCCGUCGCCGUUGGUAUCAUACUUCGGUUCGCGGUUCCUAUACCGCAGGGUGUCACUCCACAAGGUUGGCAAUUGCUCUCGAUCUUCCUCUCCACCAUCGCCGGUCUCGUCCUCAGCCCUCUUCCCGUCGGCGCGUGGGCUUUCAUUGGCCUGACCACCUCGAUCGUCACUCGGACUCUGCCGUUCGCCGCCGCGUUCUCGGCGUUCACAAGCGAGGUCAUAUGGCUGAUCGUGAUCUCGUUCUUCUUCGCUCGUGGGUUCGUCAAGACAGGGCUCGGAGACAGAAUCGCCACCUACUUCGUGAAGUGGCUCGGUAAGAGCACACUUGGUCUGUCUUAUGGGCUGACUCUCAGCGAGGCCCUGAUCGCUCCGGCUAUGCCCAGCACGACGGCGAGGGCCGGUGGCAUUUUCUUGCCGAUCAUCAAGUCAUUGUCGCUCUCGGCCGGGAGUAAACCAGGUGAUUCCUCGUCGAGGAAAUUGGGUUCGUACCUGAUCCAGUCUCAGUUUCAGUGUGCCGGAAACUCCAGUGCCCUUUUCCUGACAGCUGCAGCUCAGAAUUUGCUGUGCCUGAAAUUGGCCGAGGAGCUCGGGGUAGUGCUCUCGAGCCCGUGGGUUUCUUGGUUUAAGGCAGCAAGUCUACCCGCAAUUAUAUCGCUUCUAUGCACUCCGCUAAUCCUUUACAUUCUUUACCCUCCCGAAACCAAAGAUACGCCCGAGGCUCCCGCCAUGGCUGCAAAGAAGCUCGAGCAGAUGGGCCCUGUCACAAGAAACGAGUGGAUCAUGGUCGGCACUAUGCUUCUCGCCGUCUCUCUCUGGGUUUUCGGGGAAGCGCUCGGGAUACCGAGUGUGGUGACCGCCAUGAUCGGGCUAUCCAUACUUCUCCUUCUGGGCGUCCUCGAAUGGGAGGAUUGCCUGAACGAGAAAUCGGCAUGGGACACGCUGGCAUGGUUUGCGGUAUUGGUGGGGAUGGCAGGACAGUUGACAAACCUCGGGGUAGUGACGUGGAUGUCGGAUUGCGUGGCCAAUCUCCUCCAAUCGCUAUCCCUGGGCUGGCCUGCCGCUUUUGGCCUCCUCCAAGCCGCUUAUUUCUUCAUCCAUUACCUAUUUGCCAGCCAAACAGGCCAUGUAGGAGCUCUCUACUCGGCUUUCCUCGCUAUGCAUUUGGCGGCCGGAGUCCCGGGCGUUCUCGCUGCUCUCGCUUUGGCUUAUAACACCAAUCUUUUCGGUGCCUUGACACAUUACAGUAGUGGCCAAGCCGCUGUCUACUAUGGAGCGGGUUAUAUCGAUCUGCCGGAUGUGUUCAAGAUGGGAUUCGUGAUGGCGGUGAUGAACGCCGUCAUCUGGGGAGUGGUCGGAUCGUUCUGGUGGAAGUUUUUGGGUCUUUACUGAGAUCGAGAGUACGAGCCGUACAGGUUGUAACCUUAACUCUUGAGAAAUGCCAUUGUCUUCAAUCUCUGUUGAUAGCAUUUGGUCCGUCUUUUUUUUUUUCA